GCCGGGCCCCCCCGGCCCCCCGGUCACUAUAACUCGGCGGCGCCCAUGGCAGCCGGGCAGCCCCGCGCAGCCCGGGCCCCGCGUCCCGGCAGAAAAAUCCCCUCGGAGCAAAGAGCGAGCACACCCUCAACCUCCACUGCUCUGCCCACCCUCCUGAGGACGAGUUUUGGGGGCAAGCUGUGCUGUCCUGUCUGGGUGGCCCGGGGGCAGCUCGUGGACAGCGGCUGCUGAGGGGCUGCUCUUGCAGGUCACCCUCUGCCACCAUGAUGGAGAAAGGACCCCCCAACUCCAGCGAAGGCCAGCAAGGCUGGUUCUCAGCCAGGAAUGGCAGUGGCAGCUCCUUGGAUCUGGAGUCUGUGGUGCAGCCCCUCGCCUUGAACCCGUGGGACGUUGCCCUCUGCAUCUCGGGGACCAUCAUCUCCUGUGAGAACGCCGUGGUGGUGGUGGUCAUCUUCUACACCCCGGCUUUCCGCGCCCCCAUGUUCCUCCUGAUGGGCAGCUUGGCCACCGCCGACCUCCUGGCGGGUUUGGGGCUGAUCCUGCACUUUGCCUUUGUGUACUUCACCCCGUCGGAGGCGGUCAGCCUGCUCACCGUGGGGCUGCUGGUCACCUCCUUCACGGCCAGCGUCUGCAGCCUGCUGGCCAUCACCAUCGACCGCUACCUGUCCCUCUACAACGCCCUGACCUACUACUCGGAGAGGACGGUCACCAGGACUUACAUCAUGCUGAUCCUCACCUGGGGAGCCUCCAUCUGCCACGGGCUGCUGCCCGUGCUGGGCUGGAACUGCCUGCAGGAGCCCUCCGCCUGCAGCGUCGUCAGGCCGCUGACCAGGAGCCACCUCGUCCUCCUCUCCGCCUCCUUCCUGGCGGUGUUUGCGGUGAUGCUCCAGCUGUACGUGCAGAUCUGUAGGAUCGUGUGCCGGCACGCCCACCAGAUCGCCGUCCAGAGGCACUUCUUGGCCAGCUCCCACUACGCCACCACGCGCAAGGGCAUCGCCACCCCGGCCGUCCUCCUGGGCACGCUGGCGUCCUGCUGGCUGCCCUUCGCUGUCUACGGGCUGCUGGGGGACUGCAGCUCCCCGGCCCUCUACACCUACGCCACCCUGCUCCCCGCCACCUACAACUCCGUGCUGAACCCCGUGCUCUACGCCUUCCGGAACCAGGAGAUCCAGAAGGUGCUGUGGGCCGUGUGCUGCGGCUGCUGCUCCCCCACGCUGCCCUUCCGCUCCCGCUCCCCCAGUGACGUCUGAUCCCCCCACCUUUCACUCACCACUGCAGGAGGGGGAUUUGCUUUCAUUCCCCCUUUCAUUCCCAGAGGCACGUUGCAGGAGCUCUUGGAAACAAGCAGCUCUUCCCAGCCUCGUCCUUUUUGGGCACAACCCCUUUUUUCCUCUAUUUUUCCACUUUUUGAAUAGAGAGAAAGACGUAUUUUUUAUCCAUAAUAUAAUCUAUAUUUAUGUGUGAGAGAGAGGGGGCUGAUCCUCAUAUUUUCUUUAAAACUAUUUAUGAUGCUUUAUUUUUUUAAGGGUGGGGAAACGCCAGGAACGUUCACCCCCUCUUGGUUUUUUUACAACCUUGUUAUUUACCUCAGAUAGUCAAAAUAUAUUUUAUACAUUUGGGGAAGGGGAGGAGAGACUCGUUGCCGGAGGAGGAGGGACUCAACCCCCUCCCCCCCUUCUCCCAGCCGUCCAUUUAUUUAUUUAUUGGUAUUUGAAUUAUUAUUUAAUUUGAUUUCCAUGCCUCCCUCCCGGCACCCGGCGCUGGGCCCUGCUGCCCUCUAGUGCUCGCUGCCUUCAGGAGGGGGGCUGCCCGAGGCUCUGCACCCCCAAAACCACAAUUUUGGGGUCCUCUGUGUGCUGCCACCCCCCCUCACGGCACCCAGGGCUCCCCCUGCCAAAGCCUUUCUUUGCACGGGGAUCGGAGUUGCACAUUUCUGGGGAGAUGGAUGUGAAGGGCCCCUCGCGAAGGGGACCCCUGGGAUGGGGACCCCUCUGGGUGGGGACCUCUCGGUGGGUCAGGGUGGGGGGCUGCUUCUUGUUUACAACUCUGGUAGGGGAAUAAAUUAAUUUGUGGUA